GGCCGAGGAGUGGUUAUCAAUUUUUGUUUGUUUGGGCGCGGUGAAGAUCAAGAAACUCUUUUGCCCGGUUUGAGGAUGACAUAGGGAUUUGAAGUACUCAUGGCCUCCAAAGGUCCCAGGUCCAAGCUUGACCAUGAAACUCGAGCCAAGAGGCAGAAGGCCCUGGAAGCUCCUAAAGAACCUCAGCGUCCUAAAACACAUUGGGAUCAUGUUCUGGAAGAGAUGGUUUGGUUAUCAAAGGACUUCGAAUCAGAGAGAAAAUGGAAACUUGCUCAGGCAAAAAAGGUUGCAACAAGAGCCAGCAAAGGCAUGCUGGAUCAGGCCACAAGAGGCGAAAAGAGAGUGAAGGAAGAAGAGCAUAGGUUGCGAAAAGUUGCCCUCAAUAUUUGCAAGGAUGUGAAGAAAUUUUGGUUGAAAAUAGAGAAGCUGGUUCUCUACAAGCAUCAACUGGAACUUGAUGAGAAGAAGAAAAAAGCCCUUGAUAAACAACUUGAGUUUCUCUUGGGGCAAACUGAAAGGUAUUCCACAAUGCUGGCAGAGAAUCUUGUUGGUUCACCUGCUCAAGGUAAAUUGGUGAAUAUGAGUUCACCUCAAGAAUUGAAGAAGAGUGAAGAUAAAGAGGCUGAGAAUGACAAGGCUAGUGAUGGCCCAAAUAUUGAGUCCCAGUCAAACGAACUUGAUAUGGAUGAAGACUAUGGUAUGGACUCCGAGGAUGAACCAGAAGAUGAUGAGCACACUAUAGAGGAAGAUGAGGCUCUGAUAACCAAAGAAGAAAGAGACGAAGAGUUAGCAGCUUUGAAGGAUGAAAUAGAUCUGCCUUUGGAGGUGCUUCUAAGGCGCUAUUCAGGAAAAGUCAGCAGAGAAACCAGUCCUGAGCAUACUCAUGUUGAUGGAUCAACUCAGUCAAGUGAAAAUGGCAACAAGAACGAAAUUGCAACUAUCUUAGCUAAUGGUGGAGUGAGCUCACCUGAAUUUCCUGGUCGUCGUUGUGGUGGAAUUAAUGGCUUUUUACAGACCUCGGGUAAUCAUCACCCAGAGUUUGGAGUCCACAAAGGCAGAUCUAAUAACAAAUUCCAGGGAUCGGACAAUAAGUGCUUACUCGAGGAUCUUACUGAUGAACAGGAUGAUGAAGAUUUCUACCUUGCCAAUGGAGAAGAAAAAUAUGAGAUGGACGAUGAGACAACCAUUUUAGAAGAAGAAGAACUUGCAAAGGCAGAAACCAAUGACUCCCAAAUGGAGAUUUCUUUAUUGCAGAAAGAGAGUGAAAUCCCCAUAGAGGAACUGCUUGCAAGGUACAAAAAGGAGUGGAAUUCUGAGGAAGAAGAUGAUGAUGACCAUGAUUCCGAAAAUGCUUCAGCCUCUGAGAAAUCUGUGCAUUCUUCUGCCGAAAAGGAAUUUGAGCCCAAGCAGCUGAAUGUUUCUCUGAAUAGGGAAGAUAACUUUAGUGCACUUGAACCUGCUAACUGCUCUCCGGCAGAUGAAGGGAAUACUGGAUGCGUGUCAGAAGGUGAAGAAGAGGGGGAGGGUGCAAAUAGAAUUGCUGAUGCAGCAGCAGCUGCAAGGUCUGCCCAGCCAACUGGUAACACAUUUUCAACCACAAAAGUCCGCACAAAGUUUCCGUUUCUACUCAAAUAUCCUCUUCGUGAGUAUCAACAUAUUGGCCUGGAUUGGCUUGUUACUAUGUAUGAGAAGAAACUUAAUGGAAUAUUGGCUGAUGAAAUGGGCUUGGGUAAGACGAUUAUGACUAUUGCUUUACUGGCUCACUUGGCAUGUGAAAAGGGGAUAUGGGGUCCUCAUCUCAUUGUUGUUCCGACGAGUGUCAUGCUCAAUUGGGAAACCGAGUUUCUUAAGUGGUGUCCGGCUUUUAAGAUACUGACGUACUUUGGAAGUGCAAAAGAAAGAAAAAUAAAGAGGCAAGGAUGGUUGAAACCGAAUUCGUUUCAUGUGUGUAUUACAACUUACAGGCUUGUGAUUCAGGAUUCUAAAGUUUUUAAGAGGAAGAAGUGGAAAUACUUGAUCUUAGAUGAAGCUCAUUUAAUAAAGAACUGGAAGUCACAAAGAUGGCAGACCCUUCUUAAUUUUAAUUCCAAAAGGCGUAUUCUUUUAACCGGUACGCCAUUGCAGAAUGAUCUAAUGGAAUUAUGGUCCUUGAUGCAUUUUCUGAUGCCGCAUAUUUUUCAGUCUCAUCAAGAGUUUAAGGACUGGUUUUGUAAUCCAAUUACUGGUAUGGUUGAGGGACAAGAAAGAGUGAAUAAAGAAGUUGUUGAUCGCCUGCACAAUGUUCUUCGGCCCUUUAUUUUACGUAGGCUAAAGAGGGACGUGGAGAAGCAGCUUCCUUCGAAGCAUGAACAUGUUAUCUACUGUAGACUCUCUAAGAGGCAGCGCAACUUGUACGAGGAUUUCAUAGCUAGCUCAGAGACUCAAGCCACUCUAGCAAGUGCAAAUUUCUUUGGCAUGAUUAGUGUCAUAAUGCAACUUCGUAAAGUAUGCAAUCACCCUGAUCUGUUUGAAGGACGCCCAAUUGUCAGUUCUUUUGAUAUGAGUGGCAUUGAUUUGCAGUUGAGUUCAUCCAUUUGCACUAUGUUAGUCCCGGGUCCAUUUUCCUCGGUUGAUCUUAGUGGUUUAGGGUUUUCAUUCUCUCAUUUGGAUUUAAGCAUGACUUCUUGGGAAAGUGAUGAAGUGCAAGCUAUUGCAACGCCAUCGAGUCUGAUUGAGGAUCGUAUGGGGCUGGUUGAAGAGAUUGGCCAUUCGUUUAAGCAUAAAAAGAAGUUUCAUGGGACAAGCUUUUUUGAGGAAAUACAGAAGGCUCUUAUCAUUGAGAGACAGAGGGAAGCAAAGGAACGGGCACAAUCUAUCGCAUGGUGGAACUCCAUUCGCUGCAAAAGGAAACCCAUUUAUUCUACUGGCUUGCGGGAGCUUGUCACCAUACGACAUCCUGUGUAUAAUAUUCAUAGUCGGCAUCAUUUUCCUUUGUCUUACUCAUGUUCGUCUGUGUUUGCCGAUAUUGUCCUCUCGCCAGCUGAACGAUUUCAGAGAAUGGUUGAUCAGGUGGAGAGUUUCAUGUUUGUGAUCCCAGCUGCACGUGCCCCAACUCCAGUUUGCUGGAGUAGUAAACGUGGAAGUCAUGUGUUUAUUGAGCCAUCUUUCACAGAAACGUGCUCUUUAGUUUUUUCUCCUCUUCUCACUCCUUAUCGGCCUGCAAUCGUGCGGAGGCAAGUCUACUUCCCUGAUAGACGACUCAUACAGUUUGACUGUGGCAAAUUGCAAGAGCUUGCUGUGUUGCUUAGGCGCCUAAAACUAGGAGGACAUAGAGCAUUAAUAUUUACCCAAAUGACGAAGAUGCUUGAUGUUUUGGAGGCUUUCAUCAACUUGUAUGGUUACACUUACAUGCGGCUUGAUGGUUCUACACAGCCAGAAGAGAGGCAAACAUUGAUGCAGCGGUUUAACACAAAUCCGAAAAUUUUCCUCUUCAUUUUGUCAACCCGCAGUGGAGGCGUUGGCAUCAACCUUGUUGGGGCAGAUACAGUUAUCUUUUAUGAUAGUGACUGGAAUCCUGCCAUGGAUCAACAGGCUCAAGAUCGGUGUCAUAGAAUUGGUCAGACACGUGAAGUGCACAUUUAUCGGUUGAUCAGUGAGAGCACUAUAGAAGAAAAUAUCUUGAAGAAAGCAAAUCAGAAGCGCGUACUUGAUGAUUUGGUUAUCCAAAGCGGGGGUUAUAAUACUGAAUUUUUUAAGAAGUUGGAUCCCAUGGAAUUGUUUUCAGGUCAUCAAACAGUGUCCUUAAGAGACAAGCAAAAGGAGCAAACUUGCAAUGGAAGCUCAGAGGUUCUUCUGUCAAAUGCAGAAGUGGAAGCAGCUCUGAAGUUAGCCGAGGAUGAAGCAGACUACAUGGCACUGAAGAAAGUUGAGCAGGAAGAAGCAGUAGAGAAUCAAGAGUUCACUGAAGAAGCGAUCGGGAAAAUGGAGGACGAUGAAUUUGUAAAUGAUGAUGAUGUGAAGGCUGAUGAGAAGGCGGAUGAGCCUUCUGAACCUGGUGGUUCAGUUUCAAUAUCUAACCAGGAGAGUGUGGCAACAUUGAAUGUGAAGGAUCCACUUGAAGCUGGGCCCCUCACUUUUGCUGGUAAAGAAGAUGAUUUUGAUAUGCUUGCUGAUGUCAAAGAGAUGGCUGCUGCAGCUGCUGCUUCGGGACAGACAAUUCUCUCCUUUGAGAAUCAACUACGUCCAAUUGACCGAUAUGCAGUCCGGUUUUUGGAGUUGUGGGACCCAAUUGUAGAUAAGACAGCAACUGAAUCCCAAAUACAUUUUGAGGAGAAAGAAUGGGAAUUGGAUCGCAUUGAAAAAUUGAAGCAGGACAUGGAAGCUGAUAUUGAUGACGAUGAAGAACCUCUUGUCUUUGAGAAUUGGGAUACUGAUAUUGCAACUGAGGUUUAUAGACAGCGGGUUGAGACUUUGACCAAACAUCAGUUGUUGGAAGAAGAGGAAAAUGCAGCUUGGGAGAGAGAAAUUGCAGAGUACGAGAAUUUAAAUUCUGCAAGGAAUCAUACAUCUAGUAUUCGAAAACUGAAAUCAAAGAAAAAGACUAAGAAAGCGAAGUUUAAAUCUCUGAAGAAUGGUGGGUUGGCUGAUGCAUUCAAAAGUGUCGAGUCAACUCCGGAGCUGAUGCCCAUUGAGGGAGAGAUUAUGUAUGAUGACGAAAUGACUUCUUCUGGCAAUUCAUCUCCAUGUCUGAAGCGAGAGAAAAAACGUAAGCAGGCGCCAUGUAGCGAAGAAAGAACGACAAAGAAGUCUAAGAAACUCAAGAAGACUGCUGAGACACCUUCUUCAGUUUUAAAUUCCAAAUAUCUGGGAAAACGGCAGGAUGAACCCAAAUACUUUAGACAUAUCGAAAGUAGUGCAGUUGAUGCUGAUCUCAAGCUAGCCAACAGAAGUAAAGUGGGAAAGAAAAUUUCUAUCACUCCGAUGCCUUUGAAGCGGGUUUUGACGAUAAAAGCGGAGAAACCUAAGAAGAAAGGGACAUUGUCAAAAGAUCCUUUACCUGAUUUUUGGUUGCCCCAGGAAGAUGCUGCUUUAUGUGCUGCUGUAGAUGAGUAUGGGCCAAAUUGGAGCUUGGUAAGUGAAAUCCUAUACGGGAUUUCCUCCGGUGGGCGUUUCCGUGGGAGGUACCGGCAUCCUGUCCACUGUUCUGAUAGGUUUAGGGAACUUGUACAAAAAUAUGUCUUCUCUGGCGUGGAUGCUGUAAAUAGUGAUAAGGCAUGCAAUACUAGCUCUGGAAAGUCGCUGCUCAAAGUUACUGAGGACCACUUUAGGAUUUUGUUGGAUGUAACCUCUCAGCUGUCUGAUCCUGAACAUCUGGUUCAAAAGCAUUUCUUUGCGCUUCUUUCUUCUGCAUGGAGGUUCUCGUCUCAUAGUAAUCACCGCAGCACUGUCCCUUCCGAGAAUGCCUUGUAUUCUGCUGGCAGGAACCACUUCCAGAGGGGUCUUUAUAGGGAAUCACCUGAGACUGUAAAGUUUAGUAAUUUGACUCUUUGCGGCAAGUUAGUGUCUGCUGCCUUGUUUGAUGAUGAAACAGCUAAAAAGGAUGACAACCAGCCAAUUUCCAAUUCAAUGAAUGAAGCUUCUGUAGCUUCAGAGAGAUUGGAUAUUACGCUUGAAUUACUAGACAGUGAGCAUGGUAUUUCUGAGCAUUUACCAUCAGUUGUUAGUGUUUCAAUACCUGGGCAUGGAUUUCCACCAUCUCCAGAGGUUGGAGAACCAAAGCACCUUAGAUCCUCCCAGAAUUUAAUUGAGAACCGGUUCAGAGUUUCAACUAGUUCUUGCGUUGAAGACACUUCAGCAGCUGUUUCAAGUGGAGACACAAAGUCACGACCUUCAGUGAAGUCACAAGGUUUGGGGAAGCACAAACAAUUACUUUCUGAUUCGAAUAAGGGUUCCAGAGCAAAGUUAAGAAAGACUGCCGUUGAAUCAAGUCAUGCUCGCGUUCUUCCGCCUGAACGAGCUUUUCAUCCUAUUUUUGGUGAUUUUGGUGCAAAACAUCAAUUUGCUUCUACUAGCUUUACUGAAUUAGGGAUUUCUGAUGUUGAUUUCACUGCUUCCUUCGAUGAUGAACUUUCUCCUGCAAGGGAGGGCUCGGGUUUGGUUCCACAUGAAUACGAUCCAGACUUCAUUUCUGGGUUGGGUGAUUGCUGUCUAAUGCCUCAUUUCACUGAUGUUGGGUAAGAUUGAAAGGAACUCUGAUAUUUUUGAGAUUCGAGGUGAGGCAUGCCUUAAAACGUCAGCACGGGAAAUGACCUGCAGUCAAGGAGGGUACAGCCGUCCAGGAUAGUUAAGGCUGGGGAAUCAUGUUCAUACUGCUGGGGCGGGACAAAAAGAGGUGUGAUGUAACCGGGAUGGAUGCUUUUGCAAGAGGCCGGGGUUCGGCAGCCCAGUGAUCAACAUGGAAACGAUCCUGAAAAUCUUGUAUUGAAAUUGACCCUUGCAGAUGAAUGGGCAGGGCAAGUUGGGGGUAUUUUAUUACCUGAGGCAUAUGAUUAGAGGCCAUGGAGAUAUCUAUUUGUAUUUUUUUUCCUCUCUUUCAGCGGGAACUAUAUGCUUGCAAUUUUUGAUAAAAUUAUGGAAUGGUUAUGCAAGCAGUUUCCCCUUUCAGACCAAAUGAAAAAAAACAUAUAGAUUCAAUGAAAAAGCCUUCAUUUUUGUUUCUACUUAAUUUUCUGUGUGUUUGUGGGUGUGGGGUUCCAUAUUUGAUGAGAGAUUCUUCACAAAGGUUGAAUGUGAGUUUGCCGCUAACAUGAGUGUUUAGCUCUGAUGCAGGAAAAUUCCCUAAGUUUGCAUCUAUUGGCUGAAAAAGGAAGCCAAAUAGAGGCAUAGGUAAUUAUUUUUUUAACUCAGUUUGAUUCUAUUUCCUUCUUUUAUUAUUAUGUUAUAGUAAAAAGGAUUAAAUGACGAUUGUAAUCAGUUUGGUUAUUCUUUAAUGAUGAGGAUGGUAAUCAAUUUGGUUGUUCUUUACUCUUAUCUGGCUCCAAUAUUUGUGUUCGUGUAGAUAUAUUUGUUUGAUUAUAGCUGGCUUCGGUUUUUUCUUUUUUCCUUCCUUUCAUAUUUUUAGCUUGAAAUUAUAUUGAUAGAACAUCGAAAUUUCCUAAUCAUAUUUUCAGUUUGUUUUUUUCUUCCAGAAUCGUUUUAGGAAUAGGAAAUCUUCCGUUGUAACCAGACCGGAAAACAUCACAAUUAGGACAACUCGCAGCUUUUUAUUAUUCAGGUUUCCAGCUUCCUUUAGAAUCAAUUUUUUUCUGGUCGAUUCAGGUAAAUUUUUUCCCCUUCAAUUCUGUUUCAUUCAUUCCUUUCAAACUGGUUGCAAGAUUAUUGUUAGCUUCGACAUCUACUUUUAAAGAGUUCCUUGUUACGAUUAUUCUGUCGAUUAUUUUCAUGUUUUCGGUGCGGACAAUUGUUUGCAUUUACUAUUUGACUAUUGUUUGGUAUGAUUUGCUUAUUGACGAUAAUUCAUAUCAUCGGUUUAAUUGAAGAUGGUAGUUGUUUCACGGACAUAUGAUAAUAUUUACAGUGGAGUAAUCUGGUUUGUGAGUGUUGCCUUUAGGUUAUAGAAUGGGCUUUUUGGUUGCCCUUUCUGGGUUGUACUGAAUAUGAAUGCUGAAAUGUGGAACUUUACUGUGUGUUUUGAUAAUUAUGCUUAUUCUACUGCCGUUAGACUGUUUUUCUUUUGACAUGGAUUUAGAGAUUCUGAAGUUGAAGCUUGUUCCUGGCAAUGCUAGCAAGAAUUAUUCCUUCUAAUUCAAACUUUUUGCCUCUUGUACUCAGGUCGCUUUCUCGAGCUGUCAUAUUAGUAGUUGUCUAAAUUCUGCUAAUAGUUAAUUCAUGAUACAUUGAUUGAUUUAACAAUUUUUAACAUUAUGAUUGUUAAAAUAACAGCAAACAAGCUAUGAUAGUAGCACAAGAAGACUGCUAAUAGCUUUCUGAUUUGUACCUACAGACCGCAUAAUGUUGGCGAUUAUGGUUGUUGUAUAAUAGGAUCAAAAUAUAAAGAUAAUUUUUACCUCUAGACCGUUAAUAUUGUAUCGGUUAUUAUUCAAUUGCUUUUUGAACAAGGAUGACAGCAUGUUCUAGGUUACAGUGAUGAAAACAGUGGCUCUUUUUCUAUAUUUUUCUUUAUUCCAGUAUUCGAUGCAGUUGUAAAAAACUAUUGGGGUAUUAUUUGUAAGCUAGAGUGACUGUUAGUUAUUUCACUUAUUAACACUUGGCUCUAUUUAACCUGAAUGAUGUAUCCCUUCCUUGGUAAUUCCAAAAAAAACAAAAGAAAAAAGCCAGAAUAUGAAUUAGAUUUGGCUCAACCGGUUAUGGUAAGAGUGCACAAUCGUGUCUCAACCCGAGCCAUGUCCGGCUGUCUCAUCAAAGC